UCUCCCCGCCCCCGCGUCAACUACAGGGUUCCGCCCAUAGCCAGUUCCGGGGCGGUUGCUCGGCUAGACCACGGCUCCCCGCCCCCUCCUGCGGCCCGGGGGCCGCGGGAGGCCGCAGAGAGGAGGCAGAGGGGGCGGGGGCUGCGUUAGGGGCUCCCUAGAGGACGGGGACGCUGGAGGCGGGACAUUGAGGCGACCCACGGGUGGGGCAGCCAUUAAGCAGUCCCACUUCUUCUGUGCCAGGCACUGAACUGGGCAUCAUCUCUUAAUCCUCAGCACAUCCCAGGUAGCUCCACAGGGUUACAUCUCUUGGGCCAUGAGUGAGCUAAAGGACUGCCCGUUGCAGUUCCAUGACUUCAAAUCUGUAGACCACUUGAAGGUGUGUCCUCGCUACACAGCAGUGCUGGCCCGCUCUGAGGAUGAUGGCAUCGGCAUUGAGGAGUUGGACACCUUGCAGCUGGAGCUUGAGACUUUGCUGUCCUCUGCCAGCCGGCGUCUGCGUGUGCUGGAGGCUGAAACCCAGAUCCUUACUGACUGGCAGGAUAAGAAAGGUGACCGAAGAUUCAUGAAACUGGGUCGAGACCAUGAGCUUGGAGCUCCCCCUAAACAUGGGAAACCCAAGAAGCAGAAACUGGAAGGGAAGACUGGACAUGGGCCAGGCCCUGGCCCUGGGCGACCCAAAUCCAAAAACCUUCAACCCAAGAUCCAGGAAUAUGAAUUUACUGAUGACCCAAUCGAUGUGCCGCGGAUCCCCAAGAACGAUGCCCCCAACAGGUUCUGGGCUUCUGUGGAGCCUUACUGUGCUGAUAUCACCAGUGAGGAGGUGCGCACGCUGGAGGAACUCCUGAAACCCCCAGAAGAUGAAGCUGAACAUUACAAGAUCCCACCCCUGGGGAAGCAUUAUUCCCAGCGCUGGGCCCAGGAGGACCUGCUGGAAGAGCAGAAGGACGGGGCCCGGGCAGCAGCUGUGGCUGACAAGAAGAAAGGCCUCAUGGGGCCACUGACUGAACUAGACACUAAAGAUGUGGAUGCUCUGUUGAAGAAGUCAGAGGCCCAGCAUGAACAGCCAGAAGAUGGGUGCCCCUUUGGUGCCCUCACACAGCGCCUCCUGCAGGCCCUGGUGGAGGAAAAUAUUAUUUCCCCUAUGGAGGACUCUCCUAUUCCUGACAUGUCUGGGAAAGAAUCAGGGGCCGACGGGGCAAGCACCUCUCCCCGCAAUCAGAAUAAGCCCUUCAGUGUGCCGCAUACCAAGUCCCUGGAGAGCCGCAUCAAGGAAGAGCUGAUUGCCCAGGGCCUUUUGGAGUCUGAGGACCGCCCUGCAGAGGACUCAGAGGAUGAGGUCCUUGCUGAGCUGCGCAAACGACAGGCUGAGCUAAAGGCACUCAGUGCUCACAACCGCACCAAGAAGCACGACCUGCUGAGGUUGGCGAAGGAGGAGGUGAGCCGACAGGAGCUAAGGCAGCGGGUCCGUAUGGCAGACAAUGAAGUCAUGGACGCCUUUCGCAAGAUCAUGGCUGCCCGGCAGAAGAAGCGGACCCCCACCAAAAAGGAAAAGGACCAGGCCUGGAAGACCCUGAAGGAGCGUGAGAGCAUCCUGAAGCUGCUUGAUGGGUAGCCCUGGUGCAGGCCCACUUCCUUCUUUGGGUGCAAAAGCCUUGGCCUAUGGUUGCCCAUCAAAUGGUGACAGUCAUUAGAGGACUGCAGCCCUCUUCUGAGGUCUUUAGGCCUAGCUCUGUACAGCUAGGUUGCAGGAGGCCGUACUGGGCUGUCCUGGGGUCCAGUUUCUGCUUGGUCCCCAGGGGCAAGGCUUAGUUUCUGGGUCUCCCUCUUUUCCCUCUUCACCAUCCCCCACUCCCUUCCCCCACCAAGGACUUCUCCUUUGUGGUUUUGUAAAGUGCAAACUUAAGAAUAAAGUGACUGCUGUGGUUUUUAAAAAAAACAGAAAACA